AUGGAAAAGAGCACGCCAUCCGGUCCGGCAUCGGAUCUCGAAGCCAGCACAACAUCGCAAACCCCACGAAAGUCGACGCUCACGCAGCGAUGGACACAAAAUCUGGAUCCGGCCAACGCGGAUUUGAUAUGUUUGGUACUAUGUUUCCUUACAGGCCUGUGUGACAGCAGCGCCUACAAUGCCUGGUCCUGUUUCUUGGGCAUGCAAACCGGAAAUACCAUUUUCUUGGGCCUGGGAGCCUCCAAUCAACCGACAAGUAAGCCAUGGGGCUGGCUCAAGUCCCUUGUCUCCAUCCUCUCCUUCUUCUCCGGCGCGAUGAUUUUCUCCGCCGUCAUGCGCCGGGUCGGGCCCCUGCGUCGUGGAACGUUGUUUAUCUCGUUCCUAAUUCAAACUAUUCUCAUCGUCAUCGCCGUCGCCAUCAUCCAGACCGAUCUGAUUCCGCAUUCAUCCAGCGACAUGAGCCUCACUGGGGGACCUCUUUUCCUUGAGUUAAUUCCUAUUGGCCUGCUCGCAUUCCAGUCGGCUGGUGCAAUGACCUGCAGUCGUUCUUUGGGGUACAAUGAGAUCCCCACGGUAGUCCUGACUAGUGUCUACUUUGACAUUGCUUCGGACCCCAAAAUCACGGACAAACCCACUGGGAACGUCAAACGCAAUCGUCGAGUUGGUGGAGUGGUUUUCCUGCUGGUUGGGGCUAUCGUUGGAGGAUGGUUGAGUCGGAGCAGUGGAGGCAUGCAAUCUGCCCUGUGGAUGGCUGCGGGCAUCAAGUUGGUCGCCGCGGUGGCCUGGCUCUUCUGGAAGGCCGCUGCUCCCAAGUAA